AGGGCGCGCGCUGCGGCCGUUGGGCCCCUUUGAAAGCCCGGGGCCGACGGGGUUGGAGUCUAGAGCCGUCAUGGCGUCCGUGCCGCUGGGCCGGGGCCGCUGCCAGAGCGCCGCAUGUACCCCCCUGCAAGGAUCCUGUGGUGUUAAACCAUCAGGUGGAGUGAGAAGUUUGCUGUCCUCUGAAGCGUGCCAAGGGGCUGGGAGACACAAAAGUGACUCAAAGCUGAGCAGUGAGAAGAGUGCACCCACCCCUGUAACUAAAAGGAGAUUCACAUCCCUUGGAUCAACACCAGGUAAUGGGACUGUGAAGACUAAAAAAGAUCUUACGCUUAUGAGGGAGAAAAAGAAACAGAAGGCACUGGAGAAGGAGAUUCGAGCAUUAGUGAGAGAGCGUGGGGAGCAGGAUAAAAAACUUCAGGCUCUGGAUGAGGAUUUUGUGAAGACUGAAGCAAAGCUGAGUGCUGCAGUUCAGGAGAAAACAUCUCUUUCAGCAACUGUUGCAUGCCUAAAAAAACAGCUUCUGGAACUAAAAAGAAGCAAUGAACUACUGAAGUCAAAGCUGUCUGAAGAUGGUGUGCAAAAGAAAAUGAGCAGCCUGUGCAUGGAGUUAAUGAAGCUCAGAAACAUGAGGGAUGCUAAGGAAAAGACUGCACUUGCAAAGCAGGAAAACAUGGAAAUGAAGUUGCAGGAAGUGCAAAGGAAUCUAGAGCAUUCAAAAGGAAAAGUAGCACAGUUAGAAGAAAAACUGUCUGCUACUGAGAGAGAGAAAGUUGUAGAAAAGUCUGACACUGAAAAACUCCUGGAAUACAUCACAGAGCUCAGCAGUGUUGCAGAAACAGCUGAGAAAUACAAAGUAGAUAUUGCUCAGAUGGAGGAGACACUGAUUAAGAAAGACCAAGAUAUUGAGAUCCUCAGGGAUACCCUCAAAACAAAAGAGGAAUCAUGUAAACUGAUGAAAGAACUUAAUGAAAAGUGUCAAUUGCUUCAACAAGAAAAAGAGAAAGAGUUGUCUGAGACCAGAGGAAAAUUCCUGAGUCUGACUGCUGAAAUAGAAGACCUGAAAAAAAAAAUUGUUUUGGAGGAAGAACAACACCAAAAACUGCUUCAGAAACAUGAGGAGGUUGUCUCUCAGCUGCAGCAAGAGAAGGAGUCAUCUGCAUCAACACAGCAGAGGUUACUGGAGUUGCAGGAUGAGAUAACAAGGGAGAGACUUCUUCUUGAAGAAGUGCUGAAUGAUACCAUGAAUGAGCUGAAUAAAUUACAUGCAAAGGAGAAGAAAGCUGAAAAGUUGGUGAAGCAAUUGGAACAAGAAAUCAAAUCUCAAGGUCUUGAACUUGCACAGAUGGAAGAAAAGUUGAAAGGGAAGAAUGCUGAGUUGGAGCAAAUCAAUGAAACUCAUGGGAGGGCUGUAUUGCAAAUCCAAGAGCAGCAUAGGAAUACACUGGAGAAACUUGGAGAGACUGUUGCUGACUUCGAAAGCUACAAGAAGACAACAGCUGAAGAAAUACGCUGUCUUAAACUGGAGAAUACCUCUCUGAAAGAAGCAGUUGCCAACCUUAAAAAAGUAGGCCAAGAGAAUCAACAAUUGCUCCAGGAAGCAGAAUACACUAAAAACAAAGCGAAAGAAGAAUGUGCAAGGAUGCUUUUAGAAGUCCAGACCAAGCUUGCACUAAAAGAAGCAGAAACAGAGAGAACAAAAGAGUCUUGCCUUGCACAAAUGACGAAACUUCAGGAAAAACUGGAAGAGCAAACUGAAGAACUGAAAAGGGAACUUGAAGCAGAAAGGUCAAGGAAAUCCAUAAAUGAAGAUGUGACCUCAAGCUUAAAAAAAGAGAUAAAGACCUGGCGUAAUCUAUAUGAAGAUUUAUAUAACAAAACUAAGCCUUUUCAGCAACAACUAGAUGCAUUUGAAGCAGAGAAGAAUGCACUCCUACAGGAGCACGGUGCAGCCCAGGAAGAACUGAAUAAACUAAGCGAUGCCUAUGCUAAACUACUUGGCCACCAGAACCAGAAGCAAAAAAUCAAGCAUGUUAUGAAGUUGAAGGAUGAGAAUAGCCACCUGAAGCAGGAUGUCUCCAAACUGCGUGCGCUGCUAUCCAAGGAAAAGCAAACCAACAGAGACCUCCAGGAGCAGCUGUGUGCAGUCCAGGGCAUCCAGCAUUUGGCUCCUUCCAAAGCUUUCCAGUAUGAUAGCAAGGAGAAUAUUCCUCCAAAAACCCCUCUUAAAGAAGGUAAUAAAAACAAAAUUUAAUGCCUUCUUAGUAUUAAGAGAAAAAAUAAAGUACCAAUGAAUUUGUAUGCUACAGAAGACUGCAACAGACUGCUUCAAGGUGAACUUGGAUGCUGUAUAUAAUAUAAAUUAGUAGGAGCAUUAGAGAAAUGAUCUAAGAUUAUACAUUUUUGUAAAAACUAUGCUUGGCUAUACUUCUGUUGAGAAGCCACACGUUCCUGACUCCUGUUAACAUCAUUGCACUUGGGAACUCCAAAGUGUUCCCUGUUCACUUCUUUGAUACACUGAAUCUGCUUAGUUUGUUUUGGACAAAGCAGCUUAAGUUGGGAAAAGGUGAAUAAGCACUGGCAAAUAAGAUUGCAAAUCAAAUCCGAUUUCCUGAAAGCUUUUGUGGGUUUCCUGCAUGUAUCUCAUGUAUACAAUUUUAUGUUAAAUUAUUUUUGUUGUCUAUGGUUGCUUCAAUACCAAAUACAGCAAUACUGCCAAGAGACCCUUUUCCCUCUGUGGCCUACACAGUAUAGAACCAAUGCAGGAAAUGGGACUGUACACUUACUUUUGAUAUUAUCUAUGGGAUCUGUAUUCAGGACAAGCUAAUUUAAAUCCUGGGGGAGGUACUGCAGCUGUUGAAAUCUUCAGAAGAAGAUUUCAGGUCAAAGUCAAAUUGAUUGCAUUUCCCUAAAUGUAUGCCCACUGUGGGUAAGAACAGUGUCUUAAGAGCAAUGUCUGUUAGGAAUGCUGUGCUCACUGGACUCCUAAACUGCCAUAAAGUCUUUGUGGGCAACUGCUGGAAUUGAUCAGUGUUAGUGACAGGGAAUAACAACAGAACUUGUCUCAUUUGUGUGGAAGGGCACCCACUGUAUGUGCAGGCAUUGUACAGACUUCAGAUUUGGGCAAGGGGAAAAGAAUCUGUUUAACUGCAUCUAAAAUUAAGCAUGUUUUAGCACAAUAAAAUUUUUGAAAUAAA